AUGCCACGCGCAUUCUUGACGAAGGUGUGGGCUUCGUCCACGUUCUAUAUCGACUAUUCAGAGGGUAUUCAGUUCGUUAUUGACGGCGGUGCACCUGUCGGCACGGAGAUUAAGUGUGUUGGUGUUUCGGAUGAGCCCAGCAACCCACAUGCAAGCGCCCUCAGCAACACCACCGAGUUCUGGGCCUUGGACAUUUCAUCCGAUAUCAACUACUUUGCACUUCUGGCGGACGCAACUGGCGAGACACAAACGCUGCAAUCAGGAUCGCUCUUCGACAAUUUUACCCAUGGCUGCAGCGCGCGGCUGAAGGGCUCUGGUGCAGACUGCCCUGUCGUGCUGUCGGACCCAACCACCACCAGCCCAUCAUGCUUUCCUGGUUGGGCCGAGGUGAUUCUGGAGAAUGGCGAGCGGGUGCAGCUGCGUGAUCUGAAGACUGGCGACCGCGUGCUUUGCCUGCAGGCAUCGGCCGGCAACGCGCUUGGCUACUGCGAGCUCAAGACCUUCCAGCACGUGGAGCUGAACGGCACCACGACGUCUGUCGAGCUGCACUACACGGACAAUGACGGCAACCCUGCGCUGAUGUCGGCCACACCCGACCACUUUGUGUUCCGCGCAGACGAGGACGUGUGCGUUGCUGACGGCGUGACGGUGCAGCCUGCAGGCGAGUUCAUCUUCACUGGCGAGUUUGCUGUUGGCGACCGAAUGUUGCGCUACGACGCCGACCUCGGUGUCAUGUACACCGUGAACAUCACCAGCAUCUCGUACGCAAUUGAGCCAGACUACUUCACGCCGCUGACCGACGACGGCUCCACGCUGUUUGUUGAGGACGUGUUUGCGUCCUCGUUUGCACUUCUGGAGAGCCCCGAUGCACUGCGUUUGGGGACGGCGCCCAUCUGGCAGAACGCCGAUGAUCGUUUCACGGUGUUGUACCGAGAUGUCGGUAGUGUAAGUAAUGUAAUGUGA